CAUAACUAUGCUUUCAAAACAAAACAAACCAACAACACAAAUUUCAUUUUUCACCCUCUACAAGAAGAAACGGAGCAAAAAAGAAAACAACAGAACCAUGCUUGAUCCAACAAGAAAACACCACCAACCCAAGAAUUCUUUUGAUUUGUACGAUGAAACCAGACAUGAAACAUGGGAAGCCACGAAUUCUAAUAAUCUCUGGCCUUCAACGCAACAACCUCAAUUGGAUGAUGAACAACCUAGAUGGAGUAUGAAUUCUCCACAUUACAGAAGCCUUUCCCCUGUUUCAAGAACAGAGGCCAUAGUGAGAGGACAAAAAGAACUCAUGGAAAUGGUUCGGAACAUGCCUGAAUACAACUAUGAACUUUCAUUGAAGGAUCUUGUGGAACACCACCACAGGACCAGAGAAGAAAAUACAGAGGAGGAGGAGGAGGAUAAGGUGAAGAAGAAUUCUAGUGUCAAGAAGAUUGAUGAUAAGAAGGUACAUGUGAAGAAAAAUGAUGGGAAAAUUGAUCGUGAUCGAGGUUUCUACCUGAAAGUAGGGUUACCUUUUUUUUCUUUGGGAUCUAAGGAUAAAAAGAAGAAGAAAAAGGAGUCAAAAGUUUCACCAAGACCAUCAAUUUCUGAUGUACCAGUAAAAGGUGCUGCUGAUAAGGAAAAGGAGUGGUGGAAAAAGACUCCUUCACCUUCUGUUUAUAAAGAGAGUGACGACACUAGUGCAGCAUCCAGUAGCAACAGUAAUGGAAGCAUGAAAAGCUCUAUUAGCAGUAGCAGUAGAAGCAAUAGCAGCAGCAGAAGCAGAAGACUAAGAAGCAAUAGCAUCAGGCGUGAGAAUGGUGGAGGUCGGUGCUGGUCUUUGUUUCGCAAACCAAAAAUCCAAAUAAAAAAGUAAAAGAUAAUCGAUGCCUUUGAUGAAACAAAGUACUAUGUGAUUUCAUCAUAGUCAUGGCACUUGCAAGCUUUAUUUUCACAUAAACUCUGCUACAAGCCAUCUGAGAACAACUUUUUUUUAAGCAGUCUGAGAACUACUUGUUUCAUUGUAACUUCCAUUGAAUUCGACAAGUUUGCUUCUGGAGUUACUGAAAAAUGUGUAAGGAUUAAGCUUGUACAAAUAUCAUCAUGUUUAAUGGCAGGGCAUGAGAGGUUCUAUGCCAAUCCCAACUUUGUAGUUUUUGACAUAUAUUUCUUUAUAUGUUUAUUUGAAGGUCCUAACAAAAUAAAUUAUAGUUUUGCUGGAUAUAAAAGGCGGUGUAAAUUGUAAUUUUUUUUUUUAUUCCUGUAAUAUAAUGUGUCAUGCUCUCGCAACACUACAACUUUGCUUCCUCA